AUGACUACUGAUCAUGAGCCCAUAACUGAGAAGCCUUCAGCCCCUUCUUCAAACCCUCACAAUCAAUCAACGCAAAAGACGAAAGAGGACAAACUGGAAACUAAAGUAAAAAUACGGCCUGAGAGGACAGCCAACUUCAAAGAUUAUUUGCGAAUCUUUUCCUACGCUACAAAAUGGGACUUCUUUGCGUAUGCAGCUGGUUUUCUUGCCAGUGUUGGUGCCGGAGUGACGCUACCCUUGAUGAAUGUGGUAUUUGGACAGUUUGUGGGUAAUUUCACAGACUACUUUUUGCCAGGCAGCACAGCAACUCAGAGCGAUUUCAACCGUGAUAUUGAUAAACUGGCGCUGUACAUGUUCUUCCUAUUUUUAGGUCGACUUGUUCUCAAUUCCAUCAAUAAGUUUGUCUUUCGAAUGAUAGGGAUAAGGCUAUCAUCUGCCAUCAGGCUUCACUACCUGCAAAGACUGUUCGGACAGUCUAUCCAUGUACUCGACUCAAUGCCCCCGGGUUAUGCUACGGGCACUAUCACUUCUACAGCCAAUGUCCUGCAGCUUGGCAUAUCCGAAAAGCUGGGUAUCUUUGUCGAAUACAACUCAACUAUCGUGGCUGCGGUUGUUGUGGCCUUCGUGAAGAAUUGGUCCCUUACACUGGUCACGUCUUCCAUCAUUCUGUAUCUCUUCCUGGUUCUAGGCACAUUUUUGCCCAUGAUUCUCAAGGUCAACGCACAAAUCACAAAGGCAGAGGGCAGAGCCGGUGCAGUCGCCAGCGAAGCGUUGGCAAGUGUUCGAAUGGUAGCCGCAUGCGGUGCAGAAUCACGUAUAUCCAAGAAAUACGCUGCGUUUGUGGAAGAAACCAGACAGCACGGCAAGCUUCUUUCUCCCCUUAUUGGCGGACAACUUGGCUUCGUUUUCUUUGGGCUAUAUUCAGGGUUCGCCUUGUGCUUUUGGUUUGGCGCCAAGUCCUAUUCCGAAGGCAGAUUAGACAAUGUUGGAGAUGUCCUCGUCGUCUUGCUUUCUGUCAUGAUUGUCGUUCUUUCCCUCGAACGCACAUCUACUCCACUGAUUGCUAUUGGAAAAGCCACUGUUGCAGCAUGCGAAUUCUUCGUCGUCAUCGACGCACCGCAGCCUGAGAAAGGGCACUUGAAGGACCCCGAUGUGUCAUCAACGCAGGACAUCGUGUUUGAGAACGUCACCUUCGCAUACCCUAGCAGGCCUCAUGUGAAAGUACUGGAUGGACUGAACCUGCGCAUUGAAGCCGGAAAGAUCAAUGCCGUGGUUGGGCCAUCUGGUUCGGGUAAAAGCACAAUCGUGGGGUUGAUUCAAAGAUGGUACACUCUUCAAGAUCAACACGUGUUGGCAAAAGUGAUUGAGAAAGAGAAGGAAAAGGGCGGGAAAAAGGAGAAGAAGAACGAGCAAGAGGAGGAUGACGACCCGACCAGUUCAGCUGGCUCGGAACCUGAAGAAACUGGACCUCCUAUCGAGGUCUCCGGUCGACUUUCCACGUCGGGACAGCUUCUGGACGAUAUCGAGUUGAAAUGGUGGAGGUCUCAGAUCGGACUCGUUCAGCAGGAGCCGUUCCUCUUUAACGAUACGAUUUACAAGAACGUCGCAUACGGCCUGAUCGGAACUCCUUGGGCAGAUGAGCCCGAAGAAAAGAAGAGGGAACUGGUAAAGGAAGCAUGUCGAGAAGCAUUUGCCGAUGAAUUCAUCGAUAGGUUGCCUGAUGGACUGGACACACCUGUCGGUGAUAGUGGUGCCAAACUCUCCGGUGGGCAAAGGCAGCGACUAGCGAUUGCACGAUCAAUUGUGCGAAAGCCGAGUAUUCUCAUCUUGGACGAAGCUACGAGUGCUAUUGAUGUUCGUGGUGAACGAAUUGUUCAGGCAGCCCUCGAUAGAGUUUCGGAGAACAGGACCACGAUUACAAUCGCCCAUCGACUAUCCACUAUCAAGAAGGCAGACCGUAUCAUCGUCCUGAAGAAGGGAAACGUUGUGGAAUCAGGUACACAUGACAGCCUCAUCGCCAUGGAUGGUGGUGUCUACUCUGGCCUAGUUCACGCCCAAUCUCUAUCACUCGGAGAACCCACCGAAGCAGGAUAUGAGUCGACGGAACCGGAGGAUAAACCUGCGUUGGCUACUGUUCAAAGCCUUGCACCUUCUGAGACCAACAUGAAUCAGGAGGCCCCCAAAGAUAAGCUAGGAAACCUUUACACAAGCUUCGCUCGGUUGUUUAUAGAGUCGAGGAAUGUCUGGCCAGCAUUUGGCCUGACCCUCUUCGCUGCAGCCUGUGUCGGAGCCGGAGUGCCAUUGCAAGCCUGGAUUUUUGGAAAAAUCAUCGUCUCUUUUAAUACCAUCAGCACUGACUCGAGUCUGUCCGAUAGCAACUUCUGGUCCCUAAUGUUUGUUAUCCUGGCAAUAGGCGUGGGAGUAAGCUACUUUACAGUGGUUUUUGUUGCAACUCGCAUGUCAGCAACAGUUCGGGCCAAGUAUCAACAACAGUACUUUGAUGCUGUGAUGUUCCAGAAGACUUCAUUCUUUGACCACGAAGAUCACUCUCACGGUACAAUGACAUCCAGACUGGGUACUGACCCAAAGCAACUGGAGGAGAUGAUGGGGCUGAACAUGGCGAGUGUCUUCGUUGCCCUUUUCAACGUGAUAGGGGCAAUCACCAUCGCCUUCUCAUUCACUUGGAAGCUCGCCAUUGUCUCAUGCUGUGUUGUUUUGCCAGUAAUGGUUACAUCCGCUUACUGGCGCUUCAAGUACGAGUUAGCGUUCGAAAAGAUGAACAACGACGUCUUUGCCGAGAGCUCCAAGUUUGCGUCAGAGUCCAUUGGCGCAUUCAGGACCGUCACGUCCUUGACACUGGAGGAUUCAAUCUACCAGCGGUACCAGACUCUUCUGAACGAACACGUCUCAUCAGCCUACAAAAAGGCUAGAUGGGUGAGUAUCCUCUUUGGCUUUUCUGAUAGCGCCAGCAUGGCCUGUCAAGCGUUGAACUUCUGGUGGGGUGGUCGCCUUCUAGGAAGAUACGAAAUUGGCCUAGUAGCGUUCUUUGUGUGUUUCAUGGCCAUCACCAAUGGUAGCGAAGCAGCCGGGCAAGCUUUGGGCUUUGGUCCUAAUGCCGCUCUUAGCUCAGCAGCUGCCAAUCGUAUCUUGAAUAUGAGAGAAAGUAGGCCUCAUGAUAAAGUGACUACCUCACAGGAAAUCCCAGACACAGACGGUGGUAUGUCGAUCGAGCUGGAUAACAUCUACUUCAAGUACCCAACUAGGAGCACAUCUGUAUUCAAGGGUUUGAGUCUCAAGAUCGAGAAAGGGCAGUUUGCUGCCCUAGUCGGCGCAUCUGGCUGCGGCAAGACUUCCAUUGUGUCCUUGAUGGAAAGAUUCUAUGACCUGGACAAGGGUCGAAUUCUUCUUAAUGGCAAAGACGCCACCGAUAUCAACCUGUAUGAGUACCGAAAGUACUUCUCUCUUGUUGCUCAGGAAGCGACCCUCUUCCAAGGUACACUGAGAGAGAACAUCCUCCUCGGAGUCGACCCUUCGUCUGUAACAGACGAGCAGUUGCACCGGGCGUGCCGUGAUGCUUCUAUCCAUGAAUUUAUUGUGUCCCUACCAGAGGGCUAUAAUACCAACAUUGGAUCUCGCGGUGUGUCGCUCUCAGGCGGUCAGAAGCAGCGCGUAGCCAUUGCUCGUGCUCUUAUCCGUGACCCCAAGGUCCUUCUACUUGACGAGGCCACGAGUUCACUUGAUUCUGAAAGUGAGAAGUUGGUACAAGCAGCAUUUGAACGAGCCAGCGAAGGACGCACGAUGCUUGUGGUAGCACAUCGACUGGCCACAGUGCAGAAUGCGGAUGUAAUCUUUGUGCUAGGAGACGGACAGCUGUUGGAGCAAGGCAGUCAUGUAGAGUUGCUGAAGAAGCGAGGUGUCUACUGGCAUAUGUGUCAAAGUCAAGCCUUGGAUCGUUAA